GGAGAGAAGCUCACCAUGCAGACUGCAGGUCGUUGGGCCUCCCUGGUUCUGCUGAUUUCUGGUGCUUUCGGGGCUGCAGAAGCCAUUCGGACUUUAAAAGAGGGACCAAUGAUCGAUGCUGAGGGAAGAGAGUAUAAAUCUGCUCCGUUAAGGGUUGAGGAUUCAUUCAAUGAUGAAUCCACGGUUCGUGUUCGGUGCACUGAGGUGUCCAUGGUCGUCGUGGUGAAGGCUGAUCUGUAUAAAAAUGGACGCCUCGUGUCCCCAGAGGAGCUUUUUCUGGGAGAAUCUGAGCCUUCAGACGGUCGGUGUCGAGCUGCUGCUGCUGGUUCAGAUGAAUACGUCAUUGAAGCUGACCUGAAGGACUGCGGCUCUAAGUUAACAAUAUCUGAGGACUCCGUGAUCUACUCCAACGUGCUGACCUUCUCACCAUCGCUGGGUUGCCAUGGCAUCACCAGGACGAGUCAGGCUGCGGUCCCCGUUUCCUGCCACUACAAAAGGACCCAUGUGGUGAGCAGCAGCAGCAGCAGCAGAGCUCAGCAGCAGCCGCUGACCUUCUACUCUUCUGCAAAGGAUUCAGCAGGAAGCUCUGUUUUCUCUCUGAGACUGAUGGCUGACGACUGGACAAGCGAGCUGUUCUCCAACAGCUUCCACCUGGGAGACCUCCUGCACCUGGAGGCGUCCUACACCGGUCCAGGACGAAGACGUCUCUACGUGGACAGCUGUGUUGCCACCCUGACGCCCGACGAGGCCUCGGUCCCCAGAUACUACUUCAUCGAAAACAACGGGUGUCUCACGGAUUCAAAAGAAGCAUCUUCCAGGACUCUGUUCCGACCCAGACUGAGGACCGAGUCGCUUCAGCUGCAGCUCGACGUCUUCCUGUUUGAAAAACAUUCCAGGAACUCGAUGUUUAUAACUUGUCAACUGAAGGCGACGCCUGAAAUCUGGACCAGCAGCCGCAUUAAUAAGGCCUGUAACUACGUACACUCCAGGUGGGAAAACGUGGACGGUGAUGACGCUGUGUGUCAGUGUUGUGACAGCAGCUGUAGCACGAGGCCGUCCAGAGAUCUCAUGCUCUGUGGCAGCGUGACUCUUGGACCGCUGAUGAUUUCUCCCAGAAAGUAAGCAAAGAGUGAAUGUUAAGACAAUAAACGCCAAACUUUCA